AAAAUUCAAAUAGCUGUCGCACUGCUGGUGUGGUUGGUGUGUGCACAUUCUGCUCGAAGUGAAUUUCACAAAUUUAUUGAAUAGAAAUUUGCAAUAGAUACUAAAAGAACAAUGGGUGACAAGCUGUUGGAUACAACACAAAUAAUAAAUGGCUUGGCUGUGAUGAUAUCAUUCUUUGUCGGCUACAAAUAUGCAUUGAAACGUGGUGAAGCGUGCGCAAAAAUCGACGAUACACCAGCGUCUACGAAGGAGACGACAGAGGAAGGCGCUGCAGCUGCAGCAGUUACUGUUGCCGACAAAAACUAUGGCGGCUUCAAUGACAAUUUUAAAAUGGUGCUCGUGGUGCGCAAUGAUCUGAAAAUGGGCAAGGGCAAGAUAGCCUCACAAUGUUCACAUGGCGCUGUCGGUGCAUAUCAAAGAGCUGUGACACGAACACCCCGCUUACUGCGCGCCUGGGAGCAAUGCGGUUGUGCCAAGAUUGCUGUGCGCGUCGACAGCGAAGCCGAACUGAUGGCAAUCAAACGGUCCGCGGAACAAAAGCUGCUGAACACGUGCCUCAUACGCGACGCUGGGCGCACACAAAUCGAGCCCAAUUCAAAGACUGUGCUGGCUAUUGGACCAGCGGCAGCAGAUGACAUCGAUCGGGUCACCGGCCAUUUGAAGCUGUUGUAGAAAGUUCAUACACUGAACACACACAUACAUGAUGAAGAAUCACACGCUUAGCCAGACGCCUCUUGCGAAGGUGCACAUAGGAAACCAACCAAUCAAUCCCUAAACCCCAAAAUUUCAAAGCAAUAUGUGAGCGCAUGUGGACACCACAACACACACGACUGUGACAAGCCAGUUAAUUGAAGCAAAGAAGAAAGGAAAAUCCUGCUGCAUUGUUGCGUUUACUGUAAAACUGAGCUAUUACAUAUUAAAUCAUUUGUGAUGCUAUUGUCUUUCUUAACAA